AUGGGUUAUGAAGGCGUUGAGUUUGCUGGUUACUAUGACCGGACUGCCGAAGAAUUGCGCGACAUGUGCGAUGACCUCGGGUUGAAAGUUGCCGGGACGCAUACAGGAUUGAACACACUUCUCGGCGACGAACUCGCCAAAACGGUUGCGUUCAACAAGGGGCUCGGCAAUCCGUAUCUGAUUGUUCCAGGACUCUCCGAAGAGCAUCGGAAUUCACAGCAGGCGUGGCUCGACACAGCAAAACUCUUCAACGAUAUUGCCGAAAAAAUCGCUGACCAAGGGAUGUGUACCGGUUACCACAACCACACCAGUGAAUUUGAACCCAUGGAAGGUAAACUCCCCUGGGAUACGUUCGGUGGUAACACCCGCGAUGAUGUCGUGAUGCAAAUUGACAUCGGUCAUGCCCUUCGCGCCGGUGCCGAUCCUGUGUCGUUUAUUGAACGCUACCCCGGUAGAUCGAAAUUGGUGCACCUUAAAGAGUAUUCCUCCACGGAUGACAGGGCAAACGUCGGUGAAGAUCAUCGGCAAACCUCGAAAGAGUGCUACCGCGUUCUCAAGCCGGGGGGAAAGGCGAUUUUCAUGGAAAACAUGCGCUAUCACCCGAUGGUGUGGCUGUAUCGGAAAAUGUUCCUGAAGUAUUCCGGCAAACUGCGUUAUUUUUCGGUGAGGAACAUUGAAACCGUCGGUGCUGAAUUUGAGAAGCUGGAGCAUCGUGAGUUUUAUCUCUCCGCAGUGAGCGCACUGUUCUGGCAGAAAUGCAUUUCUAUCCCACUUUUUUAUCGGUGGAGCCUCGGCAUCCUCAAAGCUAUCGAUACAUCUCUCCUUAAAUGUCUUCCAUUCCUCAAGCGGUUCUGUUGGAUCACCGCGAUGAUUUGCCAUAAAGAUUAG